UCCUCGUUUUUCAGCUGUUUGUAUCUUCUGACACGCUUCGAGAUUGCAUUUUCAUCAUAUUUUACUACUUUUCAUAAACGCAGACACAUCUCUCUCUAAAAAAAAAAAGUUCUUUUGUUGCUCAUCAAAGGGUGCCUGCCUGCAUCAAAUGAUUUGAAAAGGGGAGGAGGGUCAAAUCACGAAGAAGUUCCCCCCUUGUUUUUGAUCUGUUCGCAGAGAUGAUCAUGAAGCACGUGUACUCUUGGAUUUUCGUCACACCAGGAUUUGUCUGAAAAGUACAAGACCUUCACAGAGUACUCCAUAAGUCACCCAAUUCCCAACAGAGUUCUCUUUCAUGGGUUGACUCAACCUCCCACAUAUUCACAAGUAACCUCAAGAAAGAAGAUACAUAAUUUUCCAAGAAUCCCCGAUGGCGACGUACUUUCAUGGCAAUUCCGAAAUCCAAGGAGCCGAUGGCUUACAGACCCUCGUGCUCAUGAACCCAGGUGGCUACGUCCAAUACUCCGACACGCCACCAACGUCACAUUCCGCAGCCAACAACUUCGUCUUUCUCAACUCCGUUGCUGCCGCAGCAGCAAACUCCAUGAAUCUCCCUCACGCGCCGUCGCCCCACACCCAACAAUUUGUGGGGAUCCCACUUCCCGCCACGCCCCAUCAGGACCCCCAUUCUCAGUCCAUGCACGCCCACCAUGACAUCUCCGCCUUGCAUGGCUUCAUCCCACGUGUGCAGUACAAUCUCUGGAACUCAAUUGACCACAACGCGGCGGCGCGUGAUACUCCACGCGCGCAGCAGGGACUGUCUUUGAGCCUUUCAUCACAGCAGCCCGGGUACGGGUCGUCGCAGGCUCAAGCUCCGGCUAUGUCGGGGGACGAUAUGCGAAUUUCGGCGGGGUCUCCUUCUUCUGCUUCUGGGGUUACCAACGGUGUUUCGGGUAUGCGGAGUGUUCUGCUGAGCUCCAAGUACUUGAAGGCCGCUCAGGAGCUUCUGGACGAGUUUGUGAAUGUCGGUAAUGGAAUUAAGAGUGAGAUACUGAAAAAGGGUGAUCGGAGUAAGGUGACCGGAGAAUCGUCGGUGGGGGCGAGCGUUGACGGUUCGGUAGGCGGUGAAGGAAGUGGUAAGCGUGCUGCUGAGCUAUCUACCGCCGAACGGCAGGAAAUUCAGAUGAAGAAGGCAAAGCUUAUUAACAUGCUGGAUGAGGUGGAUCAAAGGUACAGGCAGUACCACAACCAGAUGCAGAUUGUGAUCUCCUCAUUCGAGCAAGCGGCUGGAAUAGGCUCGGCAAGAACAUACACGGCGCUUGCUUUACAAACAAUCUCAAAGCAGUUCCGGUGCCUGAAAGAUGCAAUAACGGGCCAAAUCCGAGCCGCAAAUAAGAGCUUGGGCGAAGAAGAUUGCCUUGGAGGCAAGAUUGAAGGCUCAAGACUCAAAUAUGUCGAUCAUCAACUUAGACAGCAACGAACUCUCCAACAGUUGGGAAUGAUCCAGCACAAUGCUUGGAGACCCCAGAGAGGGUUACCUGAAAGAUCAGUUUCUGUUCUCCGUGCCUGGCUUUUCGACCACUUUCUCCACCCAUACCCUAAGGAUUCAGACAAGCAUAUGCUUGCAAAGCAGACUGGUCUAACUAGGAGCCAGGUGUCUAAUUGGUUCAUCAAUGCUCGAGUGCGGCUAUGGAAGCCAAUGGUGGAGGAGAUGUAUACGGAGGAGCUCAAGGAGCAAGAGCAGAAUGGAUCAGAGGACAAAACAAGCAAGAGCAAUGAAGAUUCAGCAUCAAAAUCCAGUGCUCAGCAGGAGAAGAGUCCUGCUACUGAAAAUCAAACCAAAAGCUUCAAUUCCAAACAAGACAACUCUACAAACCAGAAUGGUGCUCCUGCAAUCUCAAUUUCCAGAGCUUCAACAUCCCCGGUCGGAGGAAAUGUUCGGAACCAUUCCGGAUUCCGUCUGAUUGGGUCGUCGGAAUUGGAGGGGAUCACACAAGGAAGUCCCAAGAAACCGAGGAGCAAUGAGAUGUUGCAUUCUCCAAGCAGUGUCCCAUCAAUAAGCUGCAUGGAUAUCAAGCCUAAUGCAGGAAACAACGAGCAAGUUUCUAUGAAAUUCGGUGAUAUUGAGAGGCAGAGCAGAGAUGGGUACUCUUUCAUGGGGAGCCAAACGAACUUCACUGGAGGUUUUGGGCAAUACCCAAUUGGGGAAAUGGGACGGUUUGAUGCUGAGCAGUUCGCCGCACCAAGGUUUUCCGGCAAUGGCGUUUCUCUCACUCUUGGUCUUCCCCACUGUGAAAACCUCUCCUUGUCAGGAACACAUCACACAUUUCUCCCCAACCAGAACAUUCAAUUGGGAAGAAGAGUAGACCACAUGGGGGAACCAAAUGAGUUCGGGGGCAUGAACACUUCCAACCCCCACUCUUCAGCUGCAUAUGAAAACAUCAACAUUCAGAACCCAAAGAGGUUUGCAGCACAAUUGUUGCCCGACUUUGUCGCCUGAUCAGUAAGACAUUCAUGGGUCCAGGGUAUCUUUCUCAUUUCCUUCCUGCUCUCUCUAAUACCAGGGAACAAGGAAAAUGCAUGCAUGGUAGUGUAAAGAAAGAAGAAAUUUACUUACUUAGUAUAGGUUUAUACUUGGAACAGAACCAUUUGAGGUCUUAGACAGCUUAGGAUUUGAGAUCGAGCAUAUGGUUGAGGAUUGUAUAUUAUUUUUGUUAGAUGGAUUGAUGUCAUAAAAUUAGUUAUCUGGUGGGUAUACCAAUAAUAUUAAUGAUUGUAAGUACA